UCGCUACACAGCCUGAUCAGAUCGGUUGGCAGCUGUUAAACAGUCAAAUAAAUUUUUAACCCGAAUACAUUGUUAUUUUUUUUCAUGCGAGAACGAGAGUCUUAAAAAUUUCUCAUUUACGAUUUGGGACCCGCAAAAUUUACGUGAAUGUUGAGGACCAUCCAGACCGGAGCUGGCCAACCGGUGCGCUGCCUGGCCACCUUCGGAUCCAGAUUCACGUACCAGAGCCAACCGAUGUCGCAGCUCCGCGUCGUGAACCACUACCAGGUGCUGAACGUGCCCGUGGGCUCCAGCGACCGGGAGAUUAGGCGGGCCUUCAUCGAGUUGUCCAAGAAGUACCAUCCGGAUUCAAAUAGUCAGACCAGGGACUCAGAGGUCUUCAUGAAGAUCUGUGAGGCCUAUCAGACGCUCCAUCGGGUAAACUCCCGGCAGAUCUACGACUCCAGACUCCGGAUGCAGAACCAAAACAAAUCUCCGCAGGAAUCCACGUUUACCGGCAGACGAGUCUAUACGGUUUGGUCACAGUAUCAGUCCGCUGUCCGGAGCAAGCAGAUGGGUAGAGGUUCCCGGCGAUUUGGUGGCGUGAAGUCCACCAUCUUCAAGGGAAAGGUAGUCAACAAAUGGCUGCCAAUGACCUUGGUCGACCUCAAGCGGGAGGGGCAUAGGGGAUCGUGGCAUGAUGAGUACUCCUUUCCCAAUAGUCCUAUUUUCUACCUAUACGUAGCCGGAUUCUGCUUGGUGGGUGGACUGGUUCUAUUGGACGUGAUCAGUAGAUUCCAAAAGCAAUCAUUUGUAGAGAAGGAUAUUAAAAUCUUGCUAAGCGAAAAGGAUCUGGAGGCCUCAACAAUAACUCAUCCAAUCCAUCCAUCUGCAUAGUUUUACUACCUCAUCCAUAUGCAUACAUCUUUGCUUUUGUUGUACUCCCUGGUCUCGUUUGAAAGAAAAAUAUAUAAAUCUGUUCGUUAA